AUUUCCAAAACUCCUCAACAAUCAUUCAUUCCCUACUUGUCGUACAAUUAACAUCGAAGAAUAAGAGUUUUUGAAAAAUGGAAGAUAUCUACUAUUCGCCACGUUACGAAGAUGAUGAAUACGAAUAUCGCCACGUCAUUCUUCCGCAAGCCGUCUCGAGAAAAGUGCCAAAGGGAAGACUUCUUAGUGAGGCUGAAUGGAGACGUGCUGGAGUUCAACAGUCACUUGGAUGGGAGCACUACAUGGUUCAUAACCCGGAGAAGCACAUUCUCUUGUUCCGUCGGAAGCGCCAUUUCACAAAAGCCGACGAGGAGCGUGCCAAAAUGGAAUUGUUGAGAGAUAUGGAAGUGUUCAAUAGAGCGCAACAGCAAACGACAGCAACCGAUGAGAAAUUGAACGCGGUUUUCUAUGAAUUUGUGAAUAAAGCAGUGUAGAUAU